AAUAGUUUAUGUAGCAGUUCUUUAAAUUGAACAUAAAAAGGGCCCACGUGUCGCUCUGCUUACUGGUGGUAUCAUCCUCAACUUAUCGCCAACUCCGAAACCCUAAUUCCCAAAUCUCGGAGCUUCCUCCUCACCGAAAGAGUAGAAAUUUGUUGUUUUGAUUUGAUAAAAAAGAAGAAGGUAAGAAUGAGUAGCCGCUCGAGUAGAACUGUGUACGUUGGGAACCUCCCUGGGGAUAUCCGCGAGAGAGAGGUUGAAGAUUUGUUCAGUAAGUAUGGACCUGUUGUUCAAAUUGAUUUGAAGGUCCCGCCAAGGCCUCCUGGCUACGCAUUCGUAGAGUUUGAUGAUGCUCGGGAUGCUGAAGAUGCUAUUCAUGGUCGGGAUGGUUAUGACUUUGAUGGGCAUCGCUUGCGGGUGGAAUUAGCGCAUGGUGGGAGGCGUUCAACAGAUGAUGCUCGGGGCAGUUACAAUGGUGGUGGCCGUGGCGGCGCUGGUGGUGGUCGUGAUGGUGGUAGCCGUGGACGUGGGCCGUCUAGGAGAUCCGAGUUUCGGGUUCUUGUGACAGGCUUGCCUUCAUCAGCUUCUUGGCAAGAUCUCAAGGAUCACAUGCGCAAAGGAGGGGAUGUCUGUUUCUCGCAAGUGUACCGUGAUGGCAGAGGUACAACUGGAGUUGUGGAUUACACCUGCUAUGAGGACAUGAAGUAUGCGGUGAAAAAGCUUGACGACACUGAGUUUCGGAACGCGUUUUCACAUGGAUAUGUUCGGGUUAGAGAACAUGAUUCAAGGAAGGAUUCUAGGAGCCCUAGCCGGGGAAGAUCGUAUUCUAGGAGCCGUAGCCGCAGCCGUGGGCGGAGCCUGAGCCGAAGCAGGAGUAGAAGCAGGAGUCCAAAGGCAAAGUCUUCAGGUAGGUCGCCUGCAAAACCUCCUGGCUCUCGCUCAAAGUCAAGGUCACAGUCUCCAAGAAGAUCUCUUUCAAGAUCAAGAUCUCCUCUACCGUCUCUUCAGAAGGAAGCAAGCAAGAGCCCUAGCAAGCCAAGUUCAGCCAAGAGCCCUAUCCGCAGCAGGAGCAGGAGUCCAAUACCGUAUAGUGAGGAGAGCAGAGCGAUGAAGAAGUUGUUAAAGAAUAGUUUCAUCAUGCUCUUUCUUUUACUGUUUCUGGCAUUUACUGCAGUCUCGUCCCUUGAAGCAUACAGCAGAAAUGAUUUCCCUCCAGGCUUUGUCUUCGGGUCAGGCACAUCAGCUUAUCAGGUGGAAGGAGCUGCUAACGAAGACGGGAGGACUCCAAGCAUUUGGGACGUUUUUGCUCAUGCCGGACUCUCAGGAGGAGACACUGGAGAUGUUGCAUGUGACCAAUAUCACAAAUACAAGGCCCCUUUCUCGCAUCUAUCUAUUAUUUUUACAUCUGCAGAGAUUUCGUGUGACAGGUGGACAUUAACAUUUGCCUCAUGUUUGCAGGAAGAUGUGAAGCUCAUGGUCGAGAUUGGAUUGGAGGCUUACCGAUUUUCCAUAUCCUGGUCAAGGCUGUUACCAAGUGGAAGAGGAGCAGUUAAUCCCAAGGGGCUACAAUACUACAACAAUCUUAUUGAUGAAUUGAUCACUCAUGGGAUCCAGCCACACGUUACGUUGCACCACUUUGAUCUUCCACAAGUCCUAGAAGAUGAGUAUGGAGGUUGGCUCAGCAGAGAAAGCGUGAGAGACUUUACAGCUUAUGCAGAUACUUGCUUCAAGGAGUUUGGAGACAGAGUGUCACAUUGGACUACGAUAAACGAGAUCAACGUGUUUGCACUUGGAGGGUAUGACGCAGGAUCAACACCGCCUGGUCGAUGUUCUCCUCCUUUUGGACUCCACUGCUCCAAAGGAAACUCUUCCACUGAACCUUACAUCGCCGUACACAACAUGUUGCUCGCACACGCUUCUGCUGUAAACUUAUACAAGCAACAGUACAAGAGCAAGCAACAUGGAUCGGUAGGCAUUAGCGUAUACACAUACGGUACUGUCCCGUUGACUAACUCAGCAGAGGACAAGCAAGCAGCAGAUAGAAUGAAUGACUUUUAUAUUGGUUGGAUUUUACAUCCGCUGGUGUAUGGUGACUAUCCUGAGAGGAUGAAGACCAUGGUUGGGUCUAGAUUGCCAGAUUUCACAGAGGAUGAGUCGGAUCAAGUUAAGGGGGCAAUGGAUUUCGUAGGGGUGAUUAAUUACAUGGCAUUUUACGUCAAGGAUAGCUCUUCCUCUCUGAAACAAACACUUGUCCAUGAUUUCAACACAGACAUGGCCGUGGAACUCACUUUUGUUGGUGACACAUCGUUCAAGAGUAAGUAUGCAAAUACACCAUGGAGCCUGCAACAGAUACUGUUGUAUAUCAAAGAAAAUUACGGCAACCCUCCUAUCUACAUCGCAGAGAAUGGUCAGAUGACUCCUCAACAGUCAUCACUUGAGGACAUAACGAGAACUAAGUAUCUGAGCCCACACAUUGAAGCAGUGCUUCAUUCACUCAGGAAAGGAUCGAACGUAAAAGGAUAUUUUCAGUGGUCGUUGAUGGAUUUGUUUGAGCUAUUGGGUGGGUAUAACAUGAGUUAUGGGUUAUAUUACGUGGAAUUCAAGGAUCCUGACCUUAAGAGGUACCCUAAACUCUCUGCUCACUGGUACUCUUCCUUCCUUGGGGGAACACUUCACCAUCGAUCGCAUCCUUCAUCUUCAGCGCUUUGAUACUAUCUUUUUGGCUCUAGCGGAUUGUUAAGAAAUCGAGUUCGGAUAUGAAUAAGACACAAUCGAUCCUUA